GCACUCUGUGAAUCUGCUCUUCACACUCCUUAUGACAGCUUGAAACUGGGCAUGCUAUCUGUUCUUUCCACAUUAUCGGGGACCAUUGCCAUUAAACAGUACUUCAGCAGUGUUCCAGGAACAGCAGCUGCAACUGCGAGAUCAUUUGAUUUAGUAAAACUCGCCCAGGAAUGCUGUUACCAUAAUAACCGUGGCAUUGCAGCUCAUGGUGUGAGAAUUCUGACUAAUAUAUCGGCCUCUUGUCAGGAAAAAGAUCUUCUGCCUUUGGAGCAAGAUGCAGUUUUUGGCUUAGAAGCUCUUCUUGUUCUUUGUAGUCAAGAUGAUAGUCCAGGAGCUCAGGCAACCUUAAAGAUCACGUUAACUUGUAUGGUGAAGCUGGUCAAGUGCCGUCCUCACCUGAGCCAGUCAGUAGUUGAAUCCCUGCUGACGCAGCUGCACAGCGCCCAGGACGCUGCCAGGAUUCUGAUGUGCCACUGUUUAGCAGCGAUUGCCAUGCAGCUGCCUGUCUUAGCAGAUGGGAUGCUAGGAGACCUAAUGGAUCUGUAUAAACUAAUUGGACAAUCUGCCACAGAUAAAAAACAAGAACUCUUGGUUUCUCUUGCCACAGUGAUAUUUGUUUCCAGUCAGAAAGCUUUAUCUUCAGAAAUCAAAACUGUUAUCAAACAGCAGCUCGAGAAUGCUUCCAAUGGAUGGACAGCCUACAGGAUAGCCAGGCAGGCUUCCAGGAUGGGCAACCAUGACAUGGCCAGAGAACUGUAUCAAAGCCUGCUGACUCAAGUGGCUUCAGAACACUUCUACUUCUGGCUGAACAGCUUGAAGGAGUUUUCCCAUGCAGAGCAGUGUCUGACAGGUUUGCAGGAGGACAACUACAGCUCAGCGCUUUCUUGCAUUGCUGAAGCUUUAAAAUCCUAUCACAAAGGAAUAGCGUCACUGACGGCUGCUAGUACGCCACUUAAUCCUCUGAGCUUUCAGUGUGGAUUUGUGAAACUCAGGAUUGACCUUCUGCAAGCUUUUUCUCAACUUAUUUGUACUUGCAACAGCCUAAAAACAAGUCCACCACCAGCUAUUGCCACAACGAUUGCUAUGACGUCAGGAAAUGAUCUCCAAAGGUGUGGACGCAUCUCUAACCAGAUGAAACACUCAAUGGAAGAAUUCCGAAACCUGGCUACACGAUAUGGAGAUCUGUAUCAGUCAUCUUUUGACGCAGACUCAGCAACUCUAAGGAAUGUAGAACUACAACAGCAGAGCUGCCUGUUGAUUUCACAUGCAAUAGAAGCUCUGAUUUUGGAUCCAGAAUCUGCAAGUUUCCAGGAAUACAGCUCAAAUGGAACAGCCCAUGUUGAGAGUGAAUAUGAAAGAAGAAUGAUGUCUGUAUUUAAUCAUGUACUGGAAGAAGUGGAAUCCCUCAACAGGAAGUAUGCUCCUGUGUCUUACUUGCAUACAGCUUGUCUGUGCAAUGCUGUCAUUGCAUUGCUGAAGGUACCCCUUUCAUUUCAAAGGUACUUUUUUCAAAAGCUGCAGUCUACAAGUAUUAAGCUUGCUCUAUCCCCAUCUCCAAGGAACCCAGCAGAACCUAUUGCAGUACAGAACAACCAGCAAUUGGCCCUAAAGGUGGAAGGAGUGGUUCAGCAUGGAUCUAAACCAGGCCUUUUCCGUAAAAUCCAGUCUGUCUGUCUAAAUGUCUCUUCAGUGCUGCAGAGCAAAUCUGGACAAGACUAUAAGAUUCCUAUUGACAACAUGACCAAUGAAAUGGAGCAGAGGGUGGAACCACACAACGACUACUUCAGCACUCAGUUUCUGUUAAACUUUGUGAUACUUGGCACCCACAACAUCACAGUAGAGUCCUCUGUAAUAGAUUCAAAUGGUAUUGUCUGGAAAACCGGGCCUAAGACAACUAUUUUUGUUAAAUCUCUUGAGGAUCCAUACUCUCAGCAGGUUCGUCUUCAGCAACAGCAAGGACAGCCACCAUCACAGCAGCAACAGCAAAGAACAGCAUACUCACGGUUUUGAUUCCCAGAAGUGACUCUGUCCUGAUCAGUG